CAACUUUCCCCGAGGUCCGAGUUGGUGGCUACCUUGUGUGUGGUAGCAGAUACUACGGCCGCGGAGAAAUGAAGCAGAAACGGAAAGGAGAUCUCAGCCCUGCUGAGCUGAUGAUGCUGACUAUAGGAGAUGUUAUUAAACAACUAAUUGAAGCCCACGAACAGGGGAAGGACAUUGAUCUGAAUAAGGUAAAAACCAGGACAGCUGCCAAAUACGGCCUUUCAGCACAGCCCCGCCUGGUGGAUAUCAUCGCUGCAGUCCCACCUCAGUAUCGAAAGGUCUUAGUCCCCAAAUUAAAGGCAAAACCCAUCAGAACUGCCAGUGGGAUUGCUGUUGUGGCUGUGAUGUGCAAACCCCACAGAUGCCCACACAUCAGUUUUACAGGAAAUAUAUGCGUAUACUGCCCUGGUGGACCUGAUUCAGAUUUUGAAUAUUCAACCCAGUCUUAUACUGGAUAUGAGCCAACCUCCAUGCGAGCUAUCCGUGCUAGAUAUGACCCUUAUCUACAGACAAGACACCGAAUAGAACAGUUAAAACAACUUGGUCACAGUGUGGAUAAAGUGGAGUUUAUUGUGAUGGGUGGAACAUUUAUGGCCCUUCCAGAAGAAUACAGAGAUUAUUUUAUUCGAAAUUUACAUGAUGCCUUAUCAGGACAUACCUCCAACAAUAUUUACGAGGCAGUCAAGUAUUCUGAGAGAAGCCUCACAAAGUGUAUCGGAAUUACUAUUGAGACCAGACCAGAUUAUUGUAUGAAGCGGCAUUUAAGUGACAUGUUGACCUAUGGUUGCACAAGGCUGGAGAUUGGGGUGCAGAGCGUCUAUGAAGACGUGGCCAGAGAUACCAACAGGGGCCACACUGUGAAGGCAGUAUGUGAGUCAUUUCACCUGGCCAAGGAUUCUGGGUUCAAAGUCGUGGCUCAUAUGAUGCCUGAUCUGCCAAAUGUGGGACUAGAGAGAGACAUUGAACAGUUUACAGAAUUUUUUGAGAACCCUGCUUUUCGUCCUGAUGGUUUGAAACUCUACCCUACUCUGGUGAUUCGUGGAACUGGGCUUUAUGAGCUGUGGAAGUCAGGAAGAUACAAGAGUUAUUCUCCUAGCGACCUGAUUGAAUUGGUGGCUCGGAUCCUUGCUCUUGUGCCUCCAUGGACUCGAGUGUACCGAGUGCAGAGAGAUAUUCCAAUGCCCUUAGUCAGUUCAGGAGUAGAGCAUGGUAAUUUGAGAGAGCUGGCAUUUGCAAGAAUGAAGGACCUUGGAAUACAGUGUCGAGAUGUAAGAACCAGAGAGGUUGGAAUCCAGGAAAUUCAUCACAAAGUACGGCCAUACCAGAUUGAAUUGGUAAGGAGAGAUUAUGUUGCAAAUGGUGGUUGGGAAACAUUCUUAUCAUAUGAAGACCCAGAUCAAGACAUAUUGAUUGGCCUCCUGCGAUUACGAAAGUGUUCAGAGGAAACCUUCCGUUUUGAAUUGGUUGGAGGUGUUUCCAUAGUUCGAGAGCUGCAUGUGUAUGGAAGUGUAGUCCCUGUGAGCAGUCGAGAUCCUACUAAAUUUCAGCAUCAGGGAUUUGGCAUGCUGCUGAUGGAGGAGGCAGAAAGAAUAGCUAGAGAAGAACACGGAUCUGGGAAAAUAGCUGUGAUAUCAGGCGUCGGCACCAGAAAUUAUUACAGAAAGAUUGGCUACAGAUUACAAGGGCCAUACAUGGUAAAGACACUAAAGUGAUGGCCACACCAGCCCACCUUGAUGCAGUAUCCUCCCUGGCAGAAAAUAAAAAUUCAAGAUAUUUUGAAUACUCGGGAGAGAGGCUGAGCUAAACAAAUGGACCCACCCUGGCUCCCUGGCAAGGAGCUUCACCCUCAUCCUACAGCUGCGGAGACUGGAAACUACUUUCAGGGCCAGGCCAGACGUCUGCUGACCAAGCCCACCGAGCUUCUGAUGUUCAGAGCUCCCGCUCGCCCUCUCCUGCGUGUUCUCAAGUCACGUGUCCAGUUUCUAUACGUCUGCAUGAAGCCUGCAAUUGACCUACUUUGACUCACGCACAGUGACGAAAGCAAAUUAACUCAUUUGGACACAUUAUUCAUGAAAUAAAACUAGCUAUUGUCAUGUGAGGAAUAAACUUAGGAGUAGGUUAUUUAUAUACCAUAGGGACAAAAAGGUUGGAACAUAGGAAAACUGUUAGAUUUUGAUCUCUGGCCUUUGAUAUACACUCUGGCACAAGAAAAAUGAGCGUCUUUUUUUUGUUUGUUUUUGUUUUUAAUGGAAAUCACUCUGAUUCCUGUGAUGUUUGAAAUAACAGUGUGAUGGGGAGAGGAACCGAAGUCGUCGGUUGGUGUUUCAAGCUUAAAACCAGCCUUUCUCACUUGGGAGUCUGCCAUCUACAAUGGGCUGUUACAAGCACCCUUUAUUUCACAUUUUUUCUUGUCUGUAGUCCCUACACUCUUGACCCCUACAAAGCAGGGAGGGCAGCACUUCUACCCAGAGAAGUGUUUGGCUUCCCCUCUUGUCUGUCCUGAGCAGGCAGAGUCUGACAUGCCCCCGUCCGGGCGUGCGUAGCCCUGAGUCCAGAUGCACUUCCACAGAAGCCGUUUCCUGCCUUGUAAUUCUUUAAGAUGGGCUUUGGUUUGCUUUAAAUGAAGAAAGGUAAGAGCUCAACUCCUCUGAAAACAAAAAAAAUGGGAAAUGAGCCCAAAUCGAAAAAAUAGGAAAAAGAUGGGCUUUUUCAAAGUUUCAUAUUCUAGAAGUGCCUCUUUGUAACUUCCAGGUAGUCUGCGAAGGAGACUCCACUUGGAGAGGGCCAAUUCUUAAGACCAUGGCUUAACUCCAUGCCCCCUGGCUUCUGGGGCAUUUUACAAAGGUUUAGUAAAUGGAAUUGAUUCCCCUGAAAGGUUCAAGGAGUAAAAUCUUCAGCCUACAGAGAAGAAUCGUGUAAAGUGUUUUUCUUCUGCCUGUUACACAUGUAGUGACAUUGCUAUGAAUCCGUGAUGCUGUUUACUUCCUCCUGGGUGCCACGUGCCAUCUCAUUCGGCUGCCACACGGCACUGGCAUUCUCAGGGGCACGCCAUGGGGCUACAAAGGCUUGCCACACCUGUAAUUUAGCUACUUCUCAGUUGUGCUUGUUUUUCCUUUAAAAAUAAAACUAUUAAACUAACA